AUGCAAGAUCCUGCCACCGGGAAUAUUCUGUACAGCACCUGCAAUAGCAACUCAACGCCUAUUCUACCUACUGACGGGCAGAAUGUUUUUCGACUGAUGAGGAAACCCCGAAACGGCACUGCACUCGCUGGCGCCGGCUGGUACGACACGGGCAAGAAACAAACGGCGGCAUCGGUUUUCUUUCAGGCGGAAAACGGCGCGAUUGUGAACGGUUACUUCGAAUGCAACACGGCGACUGGCCGCUACACCGCGAAAGGCGAAUACGUCAUCUCCACCACGGCACACGUCGAGUCCAUUCAUCCCGAGACGGGCCUAGCGGUUGAGUUGCUGGGCGCGGAGGAAGGGUACCGCCUCUUCUUUCAUGACGAGGACAAGAGAGUCAACGUUUUGGCAUACACCACGAAAACCGACUGGCAGUUGCGAGGCCGUAUUUCCCAAGACGAGGUGGCUUCGAUGGCGUUGUCUUCUGUACACUCGGGUCAGUCGAACGUUUCUGUCGUCUUUCCUAAAGACUCCGAAAACCUCGAGAUCUCAAGAUAUUUCAAGGACGACACUUGGCGUCUUGCUACGUUGCCUCGUCCUCUCGAGAAUGAUACAAUGACGAAUAACACCGACGCGACAGGAAUCGUCUUCGAUUCUUCCGUCGCCCCGAACUUCACGAUGACAGCUUGGGCGAGUAACCGAACGAACAUGGCCGCGUCCGUCGAUCGAUCGUCUGUUAGGAGCAUCUUCUACAUAGGAGCUGACUCCAAGCUGCACCAAUUGUCGAACAUCAACUUGGUGUGGACGGUAGUGACUGAGCAAGACCCGCGUCUGUGGCCUGUUGCUGAGAAGGCGGGUGGUUCGUUGACUGCGACGAGUAACUUUGAUACCAAUGAGAUGUGGUUGUGGUAUCGCGCGAACGGUAGCUUGGUGCAAUUAUACCAUGGCUCUGACGGCCUCUGGACUCAAGCAAGUGUGGUGCCUAGUUUCAACGCAACUGAGUCGGUAGAGACUGGUCCAGAAGAAUCAGCUUCGCCGACAGCAACACCGAGUACAACUGCGAAGCCGAUGAUCCUGUCCACUGCAGCUAAGGCAGGUAUUGGGGCCGGCCUUGCCGUCGGAGUUGCUGCUCUUAUGGGUUUUGGUAUCACGUUCUUUGUGCGAAGGCGACGACAACAGAUUGCGACAGAGAAGGCUCGACUGAAGGAGCUUGAAGUCGCCAAGCAGCAGAUAUCAUGGGGCCAGAACAUCAACGGAGCUGGUGGAGCGGGGCCAUACACGGCUUCCGGCAACUUUGUGCGGAGCACGGAAGAGCCGAUAGAGAAACUUGGGGUACAAAUAUUGGAGGCGGAUACCACGACUCCGCCCCAAGAGUUGGCCGUUGGCGAGAUAUACGAGCUCGCUGGCGAUGGUUGUUGGGGGGAGAUGGACGCGACGGGGCAAAACGGCGCGAGGAGGAGCAUUGGGGGCUGGAGAGAGGCGCAGGCGCAAAAACAGUGA